AUGUUCAACAGCCAAAGCAACCCUUCUGAUGAUUAUCUUUGCUCUUAUGAAAAUGGUGAUCUCUUGGCGUUUUGGGCUCCUUUUCUUUUGGUGCAUCUUGGUGGCCCAGACACUAUCACUGCUUUUUCUGUUGAGGAUAACCAAUUGUGGCUUAGGCACUUGCUUGCGUUCAUAACCCAGGCUGUUGCUACUGGUUAUGUGUUCAUCAAAACACUUCCCAGAAACAGGGUUAUGAUCCCAACAACGCUCCUGUUUAUAGCAGGGAUAAUCAAAUAUUUGGAGCGCACUUCUUCUUUGUAUUUUGCGAGCAAGGAUAAAUUCAGAGAUUCCAUGCUCAGAAAUCCAGAUCCUGGUGUCAAUUAUGCCAAGCUUUCGGAGGUACUUUCAGAGAAACCUAACGAAAUCAGAAAAAAGAAAUAUCUGAACCUGAAGGAGAAACCGAGCUUUAAGGAGCGCGAUGAGAGCCGAAACUUUUUCAAUAGCAUAUCUGCAGAAGAUGCUUUCAAAGUAAUAGUCGGAGAGCUCAACUUAUUCUAUGAAGUUCUCUACACGAGAGUAGUGAUUGUUCACUCCAAGUGGGGCAUGUUUUUCCGCUUCAUAUCAUUUUGUUCAGUCGUGGACUCGAUAUAUUAUCAUUCUUCAUGGCCAUUUUCUCAAAUCGAUGGUGAUCGCCUGGAGGAAUUCACCAGGCCUAGAGAAAGAUCACCUCAUUGGGCAUUGAAUCUCUUCAGAAUAUCACCUCAAUGGGCAUUGAGUCUCUUCGGAAACUUCAUCAGUCUAAAGAAAUCAAAGAAGGUUGAUCUUGAACCAGACAAACAUACAACUUUGACUGCGCCGCUUCUUUUUCGCAUGUGUUUACACGCUUCCGUGGUGCACAACAAAUUGAUAUUAGAGCAUGGGAAUGAUAUUGUGAAAGAUGGCAUACCCGUUGAUGUAGCUCGAGUGAACUACACCAAAAAGGUCACUCGGUUUUCGUGCAUUGAUAAAGCCAUCCAGUGCCUGAAUGCUUCCAAGGAUCGACUCAUUGAUCUUGUGGGCCUCAAGGAUUUUCUGGAUGAGAUAACGUAUGUUUCCAGCGAGCCACUGACAAUGGAGCUCUGUGAAUAUAUUUUCGGUGAGCUGCAAAAGAGAUCUCGGUUGAUAGAUGAUGCAGAAACUGUCAGGAAAAUAUGUUCGGCUACAGGUGACUGGGUUCUUCAAAAUAAUGGUUUGGAUAAACAAAGGAGUGACGAGUUAAUAUCUUAUGUUCUUGCUGUCCCUUAUGAUGAGAGCAUCCUGAUGUGGCACAUUGCAACUGAGCUCUUGAUCAAUGAUAAAAAGGAGAGAGAAAAUAAGAGUAAUGAAAAAGAAUUCAGUAAAAUUUUGUCAGAUUACAUGCUGUAUCUUUUCAUUAUGCAGUCGACAAUGAUGGCUACUGUGGCAGGAAUUUUGAAUACAGAGUUUAAGGCAACAGAAGUGAAGGGAGAUGGAAGCAAAUCUGUAUUGUUCGCUGCAAGUAUGUUAGCCAAAGAGCUGAAAAAAUUGAAAGAACAGAAAUGGAAGAUACUGAGCAGUGUGUGGGUGGAGAUGAUGUCAUAUGCUGCAAAUCAUUGCACUGCAACUUCCCAUGAUCGAAGGUGGAGAACUUGUUACUUUUGUUUGGCUACUGAUGGCUCAUUUUGGGAUUGGAAAUCAAUUCCAAGGUAA